UCGAAACUAGCCUAAUCCAGCUAAUGCUAGUAAUGAAGCUUCAAUUACAUCUUUUAUCAUAAAACUACUGACUUAUUCAUGAAGAUAUUUAUUUCACCCACAAAUAAAAACCUUGCCCGACUUUCCCCCGUCUCCCCUAUUCAUUAUAAUACAGUUUACCCCGAUUCGUAUAUAAAAAGGGUCCAAAUGGUUACCCGGACAGAAGCAAGUUAGCUGUUGGGCAAAAUGUUUUUUCAAAUAAAUAAAGUGGUGGUACUGAUCGUAUUUAAUAUAUUCUUAAUGGUUACUGGUGAUAACUACAAGGACGAAACUAUGGAUCGGAUUGCAAAAAACGGAAGAGCGAGGGUAGUAUUCACCCCCAUACGGGGCAAACGGAUGUUUCCCGAUAACAGAGACACAUUGUUGAGGAUGCUAGAGGCGGCGGACGCGCUCAAAUACUAUUACGACCAGCUGCCCUACUACGACCCGCAGGCCGACGACCAAGAAGCUAAAGUGACCAAGAAGGUAAUAUUCACGCCGAAGCUCGGACGGAGUUCUGACGACGCGUUCGAGAAGCGAGGCUACGAGAACGACUUCACGCCGCGACUCGGCAGACAGGCUGACGCCGUCACCGCCUCCGAUGAAGUUUACAGACAGGACGCGUCGAUAGACGGCAGGUCCAAGUAUUUCUCCCCACGCCUGGGCCGCACUGUAGAGCUGACGCCAAGACUCGGCAGAUCGUACAACUACGAAUUAUACCCCAGCAAAGUCCGUAUAGCCAGAAGCACAAACGGGACAAAAUCAUAGACACACGAGCGAAUGAAUACCUAAUACCAACUAAUCCUAACCUAAUACUUAAUAAUAUUGUGAAUACCUGCAUACCAGUUAGCGUUGUAUUGUAAUAUAAUGUUUUGGACGAAAUACUUAAUGUAACAUGUACUUAAUUUUAAGGAUGCUAGUCAUUAAAUAAAGGAAUGAUUAAAUAAUA